CUCCAGGCGUGCGGUUGUGUGCUGCCGGGUGCAGGCUGUCUCACUCAACGCGGACUCCUCCGUCUUGGAUAUUGUUGUUUGGGCUGUGGAUUAUAUUUGUCUGAUGCUUUUCAUCUUCAUCUCGUGGCAAAGAAAUGGGUAAACUCCACUCGAAACAUGCCGCUAUUUGUAAACCAAGGGAGAGCCCAGAAGGGGAUAGUUUUGUUGUGAAUGCCUGCUUGGCUCGGAAAGGAAUCGACGACUGGUUAGCGAAGCAGAAAUACUACGAGCAGCACGACUGUCACCACAAGAAUAACUGCGGUUUUACGACGCGGGAUACUAUAGAUGAGGCAUGUGCCGAGGGGAUCGCUGGUGAACACUACCAAUUAGAAGUGGCUUUACCCCCAGAGAAGACAGGCAGCUGCUGCGUGGAGCAGAAGAUGCAGGAGAGGGACGGCCAAUCGCCCUUAGGGCCACAGAAGCAGCUCCAGUUUGAAGAGCUUGAGUGCGCAGUGUCUGUGGAGGAGGAUAACAGACAAGAAUGGACAUUCACUCUUUAUGACUUUGAUAACAACGGCAAAGUCACCAGAGAGGACAUCACCAGCCUUCUCCACACCAUCUACGAAGUCGUCGACGCCUCUGUCAAUCAUUCACCGGGCAACAGCAAGACGUUACGGGUCAAGUUGUCGGUGGCUCCUGACUCCACCCAGCGGUGGAGGACUUGCACUCAGGGGGCUGCAGACGUGUCCCAUCCCAGAGAGAAAAAUGACAAGUGCAUAGAGGACCCCAAGAGCGCAGACAAGAAAAGUCGAGCGCUCAUAAGGCGCCACCACACUGACCACCACACCCAGCCGGGCUGCCAGCGCCACUGUGUGGAUGAGAACCUGGAACGCAGGAACCACUACUUGGACCUGGCAGGCAUCGAAAACUACACGUCUCGCUUCGGCACUGCUCCCACCACAGAACCGACAAAGACGGAGAAUCAGACCCGCGUCUCCAACCAGACCCGGUCUCGCUCCCAUGAACCCGAAAACGGUCACACCCACCCCCAUCACCACCACCGUCGCCUGCAGGCUGUUCUGGACUCGGCAGAAAACCCGCACCAGACCCGACCGCGAGGCCAAGACUCAGGCAAACACGCUCUCCGAUCCCCCAAGAACCACAGCCGCACGCCUCCCGCACAGGUCAGCAGCAGGGUGAUGAGGAGCCGAGGCGUCCCUCCUCCCCCGGCGCUACCCAGCCAGACCCCUCCUCACCAGUCGGCAGCCCCCUACCGCAAACACAAGCAGAGGUCCAAGGAGAGCCAGGGCUACAGGGCCUUGGGCUCACUGACUGCUCCUGGAGCUCUGGUGGAGAAGGAGCAUGUGAGAGAUCUGCCCAGCGUGCUGCUGUACGAGGGAGGAUUGGCACAGGUGGUGCAGCGGCACGAGCAUCAUCACCACCAUGAACACCAUCACCACUACCACCACUUCUACCAGUCAUGAAGUUCCACAGACUGCAAUCCCCCCCUACUGACACGGAGAGCCCCACCGGCGGCAACAGUGACUAAAAAAAUCAGUGUUCUUACAGCAGUCAGGCAGAUAUACUCACGUAUACAGCGACAGAAGUUCAGUGCUGAACAUCCAGUCUGGGGCUAAGACGGAGACGUGUUCUCUUCACUGCUGCGCCACAACCUUCCACACCACUAAGCCAAACGAUGAGAAGGAACAGAGAGAGACUGUGAUGUAGAGAAGAAAACUUAUGAAGGAAAUGUAGACGUUAGAAAAGCAUGUGUGUGUGUGUGCGUGUGUACGAGUGUGUAAGUAUCACUGGUGUCUGUUGAAAACCACUUGAAGUGCACUCCCGGGUGCUCCAGUAUUUAAAGCCUGUGGUUGGCAGGUUUUUGAAGAUGAAAAAUGAAGAUUCUGAUGAAACCCCUGAAAACAAAAGUGGGAAAGAAAAAUGUUUUCUUUUUUUGUAAAAAAAAAAAAAAAAAUGGACAGAUCCCAAAAUCCGCUGCUACCUCUAAUUUUAUCCUCUUUGUUGUAAUUGUGACUGACUGAAGCAGAUUUUCAAAUUACUUUUUGAAACAAACGUCACAAUCUGUAGUGCUGAAGUGUCAACAAGCUUACUUUUACUAACCUUUCCUGUAAAUAAGGUAUAUAUUGUUAUAAAUUUUAUAUGCUUUAUUGAUAAUGUGACAUCUUUGUAAUCACUAUUUGAAGCUAUUCUGUUUGUAUGUUCUUUACAACUGCGUUUUAUAUGAUCAUGCUUAAUUUUAUAAUAUACAGCAAGUCAAAGUGUACAAACAUGACACUCCAGUCUCCUGUCCAAGCUACUUUCAUGGCUUCCUGUUGUUAUUUAUAAAGUUUUUAUCCACAAGGUCUUGGAAUAGUUGUGUUAGGAUUCCUAACUUGAGACGGUAGAGGACAGUUGAUCUGUUUUGCAGGUUCAAUGGGGUUGAAUUUGUAGUCUUCACAGGUAAUGGUCAUUAAAAGCAUUUGUAGUUCGACGGCGGAGCUCUGGACAUCACGUGACCAGAUAUGUUUACGCCGCCAUGUUGGCCGGAAAAGCAGCAGCUAAAAUAAAUCAACUACAAGCCUUCAGAGUUUACGUUGCAUUUUAAUGGCUUUGAUAUUGAC